GAAGGGGGCGUGGCAGAACCUGGAGAGCAGCCGCCGCAGCCUGGUUUGCAUGGUCGGUUGGCAGGAGCCGAUGGUCUUCGUAGGCCUCGCAUGGCGUCGGCGAAGGUUCCUUCCCAUGCAAUCCCUGAGCAACGGCUGCAACAGGCUCGCACUUUUAAGGAGGAAGGGAACCACUGCUACAAAGAAGGACGUUUUAGGGACGCCGUGAGCCGUUACCAUUGGGCUUUGCUGCAAAUUAAGGGCCUCGACCCCAACAUGCCUUUCCCCCUGCAGGAGUUCAUGGCUGACAAGCCGGCCAUGACAGCAGACCAGGAGAAAGAACUCUACACCAUCCGGUGCGAUUGCUACAAUAAUCUUGCCGCUUGCCUCCUUCAGAUGCCGCCUGUGAAUUACGAGCGGGUUAAAGACUACAGUCUCAAAGUCCUAGAGAGGCAAGCCGACAACGUCAAGGCACUGUACCGAGCCGGUGUGGCGUUCUACCACCUGGGGAAUUACGACAAAGCACAACAUUACCUGUUGUCGGCAACCAGCCGGCAGCCCAAAGAUGCGAACGUCAAACGUUAUCUGCAGCUGACCAAAUCACAGCUCAGUAUUUAUCUUCAGCAAGAAAAACAGUUGUACAUGGGAAUGUUUGGGUAGCAAAAACCAGCCGUCCGUGAAAAUCUCCAAGGUUGCAAAUCGUACAUUUCUGGUUUUAUUCUUGUGGACGACACGCAAUCGAUCGAUUCUGAAGUUAGGUAGUGCCUUGGAAAAAAAUGCUAAUAGCCAGCCCACCUAGGAAUAACACUUAUCAACCAAAUGUCCUCAGUAUCCAUUUCCAACACGUUUCCUUCCUCCUGUUUGUUCAUAAAAUCUUGUGAGAAAUUCA